GCCACAAACCUAGGAAGGAUGACAAACAGCUUAUAGAGGAUUUAUUUCAUUUUUAUCCUUUCUCAGUACAAAGUCUGCUAGUGAGGUGUUAAGACAGUGUUUUGAGAUAAAGCGGGAGAGAAAACAAAAACCUGAGGGAAAAUGCCUUUUGGUGCAUUAGCAGGUUUGGAGGAGCAGGUGCUUAAGCCUGGGAAAGAGGAAGUGAAGAACGCUGUUGGGGACUCCCUAGGAAAACUGCAGAGAAAAAUAGAUGGUAGCAAUGUAGAAGAAGGGGACAACAUCGAACUGACGGAGGAUGGCCGUCCAGUGGCCUCAGCACCACGUCCUGCCCCGCUGUUGGACUGCAGCUGUGGAGGUCUGCCGAAGCGUUACAUCAUUGCCAUCCUCAGUGGACUGGGCUUCUGCAUCUCAUUUGGCAUUCGCUGCAAUCUUGGUGUAGCCAUUGUGGAGAUGGUGAACAACAGCACUGUCUAUAUUAAUGGGACUCAAGUGCUUCAGAAAGCUGAGUUUAACUGGGACCCAGAGACAGUGGGGCUGAUCCACGGCUCCUUCUUCUGGGGCUACAUUGUCACUCAAAUCCCUGGUGGUUUCAUCUCCAACAAGUUGUUUGCCAACAGGGUGUUUGGGGCUGCCAUUGUUUUGACGUCAGUCCUCAAUAUGUUCAUCCCAUCAGCAGCGAGGGUCCACUACUGGUGUGUCAUGUUUGUUCGCAUUCUGCAGGGCUUGGUGGAGGGUGUCACCUACCCAGCAUGUCAUGGGAUGUGGUCCAAAUGGGCGCCACCUCUUGAACGGAGUCGACUGGCCACCACUUCAUUCUGUGGAUCCUAUGCAGGAGCAGUGAUCGCCAUGCCUUUAGCUGGAAUCCUUGUUCAGUAUGUCGGCUGGUCUUCGGUCUUUUAUGUUUAUGGUGUUUUUGGGCUCAUAUGGUACAUCAUGUGGCUCCUGCUGGCAUAUGGAAGUCCCGCUGAACAUCCCACAAUCACAGAAGAGGAAAAGAUGUACAUCCAAUCCUCCAUUGGUGAAACAGUCCACCAGUUGAGUGUAACUGAGAAAUUCAAAACUCCAUGGCGUCGUUUCUUUACCUCCAUGCCUGUCUACGCCAUCAUUGUGGCCAAUUUCUGCCGCAGCUGGACUUUUUACCUGCUCCUCAUCAGUCAGCCGGCAUAUUUUGAGGAAGUCUUCGGCUUCCCCAUUAGCAAGGUGGGGAUCUUGUCUGCAGUCCCUCACAUGGUGAUGACAAUUAUAGUUCCUAUUGGAGGACAGCUGGCUGACUUCUUGCGCAGUAACAAAAUCAUGUCUACCACAAAUGUGAGGAAGCUCAUGAACUGUGGAGGUUUUGGUAUGGAGGCUACUUUGCUGUUGGUGGUCGGGUUUUCUCACACUCGAGGGGUCGCUAUCUCCUUCCUAGUUCUGGCUGUAGGCUUCAGUGGAUUUGCCAUUUCAGGUUUUAACGUCAAUCAUCUGGAUAUUGCUCCUCGCUACGCCAGCAUCCUGAUGGGCAUUUCUAAUGGGGUGGGAACGUUGUCUGGAAUGGUGUGUCCCCUCAUUGUUGGAACUUUGACUAAACAUAAGACUCGUCUGGAGUGGCAGCAUGUCUUUGUUAUUGCAGCCAUGGUGCAUUACUCAGGAGUCAUCUUCUAUGGUAUCUUUGCUUCGGGGGAACAACAGGACUGGGCCAACCCUGAAAGCACAAGUGAGGACAAAUGUGGCAUUAUUGAUGAGGAUGAGCUGGCUGAAGAGUCGGAGCUUGCCAUGGAGUACACAGUGGCUGCCAAAAAGAGUUAUGGAACAACAGACAAUUCAUCUGGUCGAAAAGAGGGCUGGAAAAAGAAGAGAGGCAUGACUAUGCAAGAGGAGGAAGAACAUUAUGCAAAUGGGGACUACCAAGACCAGUACCAGUGAGACUGGACGUCCAAAACACUCAAAUCCAGUCAGUUCACACCUGAGGAAAUGUCUUAAACAUGGAAGAAUAGGCAAGAGAAGCAGCAUCAACUGUACCUCAAGACUGCUCUUUUUCAUUUUUGCUCAAUA